AUGUAUUUAUAUCCUGUAAGAGUCUUCAAUGAUCCUUUUCGUCGUGGCAACAACAAAUUAGUUCUCUGCGAUGUUUAUAAAUAUAACUUGAAACCUGCUGAAACCAACAACAGAUUUUCUUGUGCUAAAGUCAUGGAACUUGUUGCAAACCAUCAUCCUUGGUUUGGAAUUGAACAAGAAUAUACACUCCAAGAUUUUGAUGGGUAUCCUUUUGGCUGGCCUAAGAAUGGUUAUCCAGGACCCCAAGGGCCUUACUACUGUGGUGUUGGGGCCAACAGAGUUUAUGGACGUGACAUUGUAGAAGCCCACUACAGAGCUUGCCUUUAUGCUGGUGUCAAAAUCAGUGGAUGUAAUGCAGAGGUCAUGCCAGCUCAGUGGGAGUUUCAAGUUGGACCCUGUGAAGGGAUUGAAAUGGGUGAUCACUUGUGGAUUUCCCGUUAUAUCUUGCACCGAGUAGCAGAAGACUUUGGUCUUGUUGUUACACUUGAUCCAAAACCAAUGACUGGCGAUUGGAAUGGUGCUGGUGCUCAUACAAACUUCAGCACAAUUGAAAUGAGACAAGAUGAUGGCCUUCAACACAUUGAAAAAGCCAUUGAGAAAAUGAGCCUUCAUCAUGAGGAGCACAUCAAGGCUUACGACCCCAACAAAGGCAAAGAUAAUGAGAGACGGCUGACAGGUCUUCACGAGACCUCUUCGAUUCAUGAUUUUUCAGCUGGUGUGGCAAACCGUGGUGCUAGUAUCCGUAUUCCAAGACAAGUCGCUGAAGACGGCAAAGGUCUUCCAUGUUUGGGUGUACAAAUAAUAGAUCCAUGGGUAGACAUUAUUCCCCCCCUCCCUCUCUCUCUCUCAAAUUCACUGAGUGAUUUGCUUUUAUUUUUUUUUUUCUUUCUUAAUAAAGCUCAAACACCUUUCUGCAUAUCCUUUGUUAAGAUCUUCGCCAUGGCUCAAAACCGCACCUACCUCUCAGAAACCAAUAAAGGGUUGCUGGCUUAUUACAUGUCCCUGCCGCAAGAGAAAGACACGAUAAUGUGUGAAUAUAUCUGGGUUGAUAUUGAUGGAGACGGUUUGCGGAGCAAAUGUCGAACUCUGAAUUACAUUCCCCAAACGGCCAGUGAUUGUCCCUCAUGGGAUUUUGGUGCCAUUACAGACUUUUCGACACGAGCCAUUACAGACUUGCAUUUAGAGCCUGCCAUGCUUUUCAACGACCCCUUUCGCCGCGGCAAUAACAAAUUGCUUCUUUGCGAUGUUUACGAUAAUACUGGAAAGCCUGUUGCGGCGAACAGAAGAAAUUCAUGCGCCGAAGUCAUGAAACUUGUUAAAGACGAGGAUCCUUGGUUUGGAAUCGAACAGGAAUAUGCCCUUCUUGAUUCUGAUGGUUAUCCAUUUGGUUGGCCCAAGAACGGUUUUCCAAAACCGCAAGGUCCUUACCACUGUGGGGUUGGUUGCAACAAGGCGUUGGGGCGUGACGUUGUGGAAGCUCACUACAGAGCUUGCCUUUAUGCCGGUGUGAAAAUCUGUGGAUGCAAUGCAGAAGCCAUGCCAGCACAAUGGGAAUUUCAAAUUGGACCAUGUGAAGGCAUUGAAGCGGCUGACCAAUUGUGGAUUGCUCGUUACAUUCUAAAUCGUGUAUCGGAAGAUUUCGGCAUUGUUAUCACCCUUGACCCCAAACCAAUAAGUGGAGAUUGGAAUGGUGCUGGUGCUCAUACAAACUUUAGUACUGCUGCAAUGAGAGAAGACGGUGGUCUUAAAAUCAUUGAAGAGGCCGUUGAGAAAUUGAGAAAGAAGCACAAAGAACACAUCAUGGUUUAUGAUCCCAGUGAAGGCAAAGACAACGCAAGAAGACUAACUGGCUUACACGAGACAUCAAACAUUGACGACUUUUCGGCAGGGGUAGAAAACCGUUAUGCUAGUAUCCGUAUCCCAAGACGAGUGGCUCGGAACCGCAAAGGUUACUUCGAAGACAGGCGACCAGCAUCCAACUGUGAUCCAUAUUCUGUCCUUGAAGCACUCUGCAAGACAGUUCUCUUAGAGUAG